UAGCUCUUCUCCUACUUCACAUCAGACAGACCUACGUAGAGUGAGUGAGUGAGUGAGUGGGUGAGUGGGUGAGCCAGUGAGCUGUGAGCGAGGAUGAAGAAAAAAGCAAUUGGCCCGGCUCUGACCGUGUUAUUCGCGGCGGCGUUCGGGUUCUUCCUCGGCAUCUCUGUUCCUGCAGCAAUCACGCCAAAGCUUCAGUGUGGUAUACUGACUUGGAGCAGCAGCAGUACUGGCGCCGCCGCCAACUGCAGCUUCGGCGACAUCGGCUCGCUGGGCAGAUUUUGGGCACCACUCGGCAGAAACAUCACUAGUAGCACCUCAAAUCAGAUUCCCGCCACAAACGCCACCAGCUCAGGGAUUGCAGAGGUUGUGACAAGGAACCCUGAAGCCGGUGCGGAGAGGAGGCUGCCGCCAGGGAUCGUGGUCUCAGAGACGGACCUUCACCUGCGCCGGCUCUGGGGAUCCCCAAAAGAGGACAGCCCAACUCGCAAGUACCUCCUGGCCCUAGCGGUAGGGUACGACGAGCGAGCCAAUAUCAACGCGACCGUUCACAAGUUCUCCGACAACUUCGACAUCGUGUUGUUCCACUACGAUGGUCACACGACGGAGUGGGAUGAAUUUGAGUGGUCUCGCGAGGUCACCCAUAUCAGUGCGAGGAAGCAGACGAAAUGGUGGUUCGCCAAGAGGUUCCUGCACCCAAGCAUUGUGGCGCCUUACGAGUAUGUCUUCGUGUGGGACGAGGACCUUGGCGUCGACAACUUCAAUGCGGAGGCGUACCUUGACAUCGUGAGGAAGCAUGGGCUUGAGAUCUCGCAGCCGGGGCUGGAUGCGACCAACGUGGCCCCAAUGUACGAUGUCACAGCCAAGAAGAAUGGCAGCGAGAUGCACAAGACAGAUGCAGGGGGUGAGCAUUGUUGGAACGUGCACGAGCGGCCAUGCAGCGGAUUCGUGGAGGUCAUGGCGCCGGUCUUCUCCAGGGAUGCUUGGAGAUGCGUGUGGCAUAUGAUACAGAAUGACCUCGUUCACGGAUGGCCUAUUGACUCGCAUUUCUGGAGAUGCGUCGAUGACCCCGAAGAGCAGAUUGGCGUCGUAGACGCGCAGUACGUAGUCCAUCGUGCAAUUCCCACGCUCCAAGGCGAGGGUGAAAAAGAAAAGCCAGGAGGCCAUUGGGAGGUAAGAAAUCGUCAAAUUGAGGAGCUGAAAGCCUUUAAUACCAGAAUCAGCAAUGCGGACAAGGAACUCGCCAACAGAUCGUCAUCAACACUGAAUUAGUUUACAUAAUUAACCUCUAGGGGUUGACCCCUACCUUUUUUAGUAGCCAUACUUUUGGAGGAUGUAACUGAUAUUUGACCAUUAACUAACAUAGCUAGCUAUGAUGCCAUUCCCUUAUAAAUUACAAGAAGAUACUAAUUCUAGACCAGAUAAUUAACACACAAAGAAGGCUUUGAUGUUUUUGCUAUAGAAGGAU